UUUCGUCUUCCUCUUCCUGCGAUUAUUUAACAAGUACCUAGUCUGGGAUUUUACUGAAUCUUUUAUUUAUUUAAAACAGAAUGGCGCUACGUUUAUUAUCUAAAGUUAAAGUGAUCCCAGAGCUGCGAAAUGCUGCUUUUGUCAGUUCCGCAGCGGCGCCAGCUGAACUAUCGGAUUUUGAUAUGCAACAUAAGACUCCAGUUAUCAGAAAGCAAAAACUGAUCCCCAAAGCUCAGUACGGAGGUCGUCAUGCUGUUACCAUGCUUCCAGGAGGAGGAAUUGGACCUGAGUGUAUGGGUUACGUCAGAGAUAUUUUCAAAUACAUUGGUGCCCCAGUAGACUUUGAAGUUGUUGAUAUUGAUCCAACAGUAGACAAUGAUGAUGAUGUACAAUACGCUAUUACUACGAUCAAAAGAAAUGGUGUCGGAUUGAAGGGCAACAUUGAGACGAAGAGCGAAGCGGCGUACGUAACAUCGCGCAACGUAGCGCUCCGCAAUGAAUUGGACAUGUAUGCUUAUGUGUUAAACUGCAAGUCAUUCGCCGGUGUGCCGACCAGGCAUAAGGAUAUCGACAUUGUUAUUAUUAGACAAAACACAGAAGGCGAAUACGCCAUGUUGGAGCACGAAUCUGUGCGCGGUGUGAUCGAAUCCAUGAAGGUUGUAACGGCUAGCAACUCUGAGCGGGUUGCCAGGUUCGCGUUCGAAUUCGCUAAGAGGAAUGGCAGGAAGAAGGUGACCACAGUACACAAAGCGAACAUAAUGAAGUUAUCCGAUGGAUUAUUCUUGGAGACAUCGCGGCGUAUGGCCAAGGAGUACCCAGACAUUGAGCACAAUGACAUGAUCAUAGACAACUGCUGCAUGCAGCUUGUUGCGAGACCGCACCAGUUCGACGUGAUGCUGAUGACGAAUCUCUAUGGCUCGAUCGUGUCCAACGUGGUGUGCGGGCUGCUGGGCGGCGCCGGCCUCCUCUCCGGCAGGAACUAUGGCGACCAUUACGCCGUCUUCGAGCCCGGCACCAGGAACACGGGCACGGCCAUCGCCGGUAAGAACAUCGCGAACCCCAUAGCCAUGAUAAACGCUUCCAUCGACAUGCUGGAGCAUCUGGGGCAUCACUUCCAUGCGGACCUGCUGCGCAGGGCCGUGAACAAGACGGUGAACAUCGAUAGAAUCAUCACGCCCGAUGUCGGCGGCAACAACUCCUCGUCGGAAGUCGUCGACUCGAUCAUAGGUAACAUCGGCAGGUGCUAAUUGUAUGGAGGGUAGUUGCACACGUUCCGAAAACCGUAUCAAAUCUAUCAUAUACAGGUUAUACAUGGAUGUUGGAUUUUAAAAUGGCAAAAAGGCAUUUUAAAACGUUUAUUAGCCGCGUUAUAUCUCUCACUCUCACGCACAAAACAAUUGCGUCUCCUAUAUUCUCGUCCUGCCCGUCGGCACGAGUCCGGCAAUUACCUGAUUUGUAUUGCGAGUGUGUUAAAAAGCAGCCCCAAAGUAAAUAACAAGUCAAGACGUGGCUCAAGGAUUAUCGAGUGUCUUUUUUAUCCUAGGA